AUUCUCUCUAUGAGCACCCAAGACCGGUUGCACGCUUACCGCCAUCUAUAUCGGACUGCGCUCAAAGCUGUCUGCUACGCGCGCCCGGCACGCUACGAGGUUCGAGAUAUCCUUCGAGAAUCGUUCCGUUCCUCCCCAGUCACAAACUUCAAUCCUCGGCGGAUCGAGAAUACGCUACGUUUCCUGCAAAAUGCGGGCGCAUAUAAUGGCUACGAGCACAAGAUACUCAAGAAUUUGCUGCACCUGAAAUUCUUCCGAGAUAGGAGGCUGGACAAAAUAAUAUCGAAUAGCGACUAUGCGAUAGACACACGGCGGCAUAUUUGGCUGCAAUACCGUGCUACAUUGACGAUGCUGAACGAGAGUCUAGAUACCUGUCUCGCU